AUGGCCGGGGGGCGCCGCCGCUGCUCCGCGGAGCUGCUGUGCUCGGCGCUGCUCGGCUUGCUGCUGCCGCCGGCGCAGGCCUCUUCGCUGCCGUACAGCCCCGAGCAGCCAGGCAGGUGCCAGGAUCUGACCGAGUACUACAAUCAGACCAUCCGUAGGUGUUGUCGAUUUUGUCCACCAGGUUCUCGAGUGCGCCACCACUGCAAUGAGAGCAUCAACACUCAGUGUGAAGCAUGCAAGGAAGACACCUAUACCAACACUUCAAAUUCAGCUCUCCGCUGCUUAGGCUGUGCCGCCAAAUGCAGAAAAGGACUGGUGGAAAUGCAGCCGUGCACUCGCACUCAGGACCGACACUGCUGGUGUCCAGCGCACGAAUUCUGCAGCACGACGGUCUUCCAUACCUGUGUCCGGUGUCAGCCGUACCAACAAUGCCCCAAAGGCUACGGAGUUGCAAAACCAGGUACAGACAAGAGCAACGUGGAGUGCGCGCCCUGCGAAGCGGGCACAUUUUCCGAUGUGGAAUCUCACAGCACCACCUGCAGGCCCCAUAGGGUCUGUGAAACUGAGCUUCUUCCUGGAAACACCACAAAUGAUGCUGUUUGCAAGUAUUUCAGUCUGCCUGGCGGCCACCCGAUCACUUCUCCUCACCCCACAGCCAAGGGCAAGGAGACCUCCCCUCCUGAGCGCUCGGUGACCAGCUCUCCUGCAGUGGACAUGGAUGCAAUCCAGGGCAAACCUUCUGCAGACAUUGCUUACAUUGUUGGAGGUCUUACAGCCGGCCUGUUCCUCAUGGUUGGGUUCAUAGCGGCUGUGAGCUGUGUCAUCUCUCGGAGAAAAGCUCCCCCCUGCAAAGAACUCUUCGGCAGUGAAAAACAGCCCUUCUCCGGAAAGGGAUCUGACAAGUGGCCACGGGCCUCCAACGCCGCAAGGCAGGAGGAGGAGAACCUCUUGAAGAUUUCCCCGUCGAGCAGCGGCUCCUUGGAUCACCCGCCUGCAUUGGACAAAAGCAGUGGAAUCAGUGAUCUGGUGGAUUCCAAGACAGAAGCAGAAGGAAGUCAACAACGAUCAUCUCCACCGAACAGCUGCGUGUACCACAGCAGGGCAAACCCCAAGCCAACUGGCAACGGUGGGACGCAUGUGAACAUCAGCUGCGUGGUCAACCUUUGCAGUUCAGAUCACAGCUUGCAGCUGCCGUCUCUGAACAGUUCGGCCAAUUUAGAUGCUUUGCGGGGAGGAGACGUUCCCCUGUCCAAAGAAGAAAGCCCCAUCCAAAGAUCAUCUGAAGGGCAAACCGCUGUAGAAGUUGAGGAGGACAACAUGGACACGUUUUCCUCUGAAGAGGGAAAGCCACUCCCCUUGAGCGUACAAGACGUCGGGAUGAAGACCAGGUGA